AUGGCACCGGCAAAAGAUGAGAGCCAUGCUCAUGGCAAAGUCUUCUCGGUCUCCGGCCCUGUCGUCGUCGCCGAGCACAUGAUUGGAUGUGCCAUGUACGAGCUGUGCCAUGUUGGCAAAGAUCUCCUCGUGGGUGAAGUUAUUCGACUUGACGGCGACAAGGCCACGAUUCAGGUCUAUGAGGAGACCGAUGGUCUCACAAUUGGUGACCCCGUUGCCCGGACUGGUAAGCCUCUUUCCGUGGAGCUUGGUCCUGGUUUGAUGGAGACCAUCUAUGACGGCAUCCAGCGACCCCUCCGUGCUAUCUCCGACCAGUCCAAGGGUAUCUAUAUUCCCCGUGGUAUUCGAGUCAAUGCCCUUGAUCGUGAGAAGAAAUGGGAUUUCAAGCCCGUCAACUUCAAGGUUGGCGAUCACAUCACUGGCGGAGACAUCUGGGGUACAGUCUUCGAGAACAGCUUGGUGAACGACCACAAGAUCCUUCUGCCUCCCCGCGCACGAGGUACCAUCACCCGCAUUGCCUCCGAGGGUAGCUACACAGUGGAGGAGAAGCUUCUGGAGAUUGAGUUCGAGGGCAAGAAGUCCGAGUUCGGUAUGAUGCAGACCUGGCCCGUUCGUGUGCCUCGGCCCGUCAGUGACAGAAAGUCCGCGGAUGCGCCGUUCAUCGUCGGCCAGCGAGUGUUGGAUGCUCUUUUCCCCAGUGUGCAAGGCGGUACUGUCUGUAUCCCCGGUGCUUUCGGAUGCGGCAAGACUGUGAUUUCUCAGAGUGUGUCCAAGUUCUCCAACAGUGACAUCAUCGUCUACGUCGGCUGUGGUGAGCGUGGUAAUGAGAUGGCUGAGGUCUUGAUGGACUUCCCCGAGCUUUCCAUCGAUGUGGGUGGUCGCAAGGAGCCCAUCAUGAAGCGUACUUGCUUGAUCGCCAACACCUCCAACAUGCCCGUCGCCGCUCGUGAGGCCUCGAUUUACACCGGUAUCACCAUUGCCGAAUACUGGCGUGACCAGGGCAAGGACGUGGCCAUGAUGGCGGACUCGAGUUCCCGUUGGGCUGAGGCUCUGCGUGAGCUGUCAGGUCGUCUCGGUGAGAUGCCUGCUGACCAGGGUUUCCCUGCUUACCUGGGUGCCAAGCUGGCUUCAUUCUACGAGCGUGCCGGCAAGAGUAGCGCUCUCGGCAGCCCCGAGCGUAUCGGCAGUGUCAGCAUCGUUGGUGCCGUCAGCCCCCCCGGAGGUGAUUUCUCCGACCCUGUCACCUCCAGUACUUUGGGUAUCGUUCAGGUCUUCUGGGGUCUUGAUAAAAAGCUGGCCCAACGCAAGCACUUCCCCUCUGUCAACACCUCUAUGUCUUACAGCAAGUACACCACCAUCCUUGACAAGUGGUAUGAGAAGAACAACCCCGAUUUCCCCCGCCUGCGUGAUCAGGUUCGCGAGCUCUUGUCCAAGUCCGAGGACUUGGAUCAGGUCGUGCAGUUGGUCGGUAAAGCUUCGCUGGGCGACUCUGAUAAGAUCACUCUCGACGUUGCCGCCAUGGUCAAGGACGACUUCCUUCAGCAGAAUGGUUACAGUGACUACGAUCAGUUCUGUCCCUUGUGGAAGACGGAAUACAUGAUGAAGGCAUUCAUGGGCUUCCAUGACGAAGCCCAGAAGGCCAUUGCCCAGGGUCAGGCCUGGAACAAGGUCCGUGACGCCACCGCUGACCUCCAGACGUCUCUGCGUAGCAUGAAGUUCGAGGUACCGGACAACCAGGAGGAGGUCACGGCCAAGUACGAAAAGCUUUUGCAGUCGAUGACUGAGCGAUUCGCUUCCGUUUCCGAUGAAUAG